UUGCUCUUUUUUUUUUUUUUUUUUUUUUUCCAAGUUCUUUUCUUUUUUCUUUUCAGAGUAAAUCCAUGUUGAUUCUGUUAUUCUCUUCGGAGCUUCUUUUUUGGAAAAUUAUUCUUCUGGUUAUUCUGUAAAUUACUUGAAAAGGGAGAGAGAAGACGAAUAGGAGGAAGAAGGGGACGUUUUGUUGAGGUUCAUGUCUGUGUUUUAAGAAAUGGAAGUUAGAGAAUCAAAAUGAUGUAAUUCCUACAGUGUGUUUGUGUCUGCGUUAGUUUUUAAUUUGUUUUCUUUCGUUUUCUUGGGAACCAAACGUUGUGGUGAGGGUGGUGAGGAUGCAGGCGAAGUACGUGAAGAGAUCCAAUAGCAUGGCGAGAGAGAAGAGAGGAUUAGAUUCGAGCUCCAGUGAAGAAGGGCAGCCUGAUAGGAAACGGCCUGCUUUAGCUAGUGUAAUUGUAGAAGCUCUUAAGGUGGAUAGUCUACAGAAACUUUGUUCAUCCUUGGAGCCAAUUCUUCGCAGAGUUGUAAGUGAAGAAGUGGAACGGGCUUUAACAAAAUUAGGCCCUGCAAAACUUACAGGGAGGUCUUCGUCUAAAUGCAUUGAAGGGCCUGACGGAAGAAACUUGCAGCUGCAAUUUAGGUCCAGGUUGUCCCUCCCUCUGUUUACAGGAGGGAAAAUCGAGGGAGAGCAGGGAGCUGUGAUUCACAUUGUCUUGAUUGAUUCAGGCACAGGCCAUGUUGUCACCACUGGCCCUGAGUCCUCAGCAAAACUAGACGUUGUUGUGCUUGAAGGUGAUUUCAAUAAUGAAGAUGAUGAUAAUUGGUCUCAAGAAGAAUUUGAAAGCCAUGUGGUUAAAGAGCGAGAAGGGAAGAGGCCGCUGCUGACUGGGGAUUUGCAAGUGACUUUGAAGGAAGGUGUAGGAACACUAGGUGAAUUGACAUUUACUGACAAUUCUAGCUGGAUCAGGAGCAGAAAGUUCAGGUUAGGGGUGAAGGUUGCCUCAGGUUGUUGUGAAGGAAUUCGUAUUCGUGAAGCAAAAACAGAUGCCUUCACUGUUAAGGAUCACAGAGGAGAAUUGUACAAAAAACACUAUCCACCUGCAUUAAAUGAUGAGGUUUGGAGAUUGGAAAAGAUUGGCAAAGAUGGUUCAUUUCACAAGAGACUGAAUAAAGCUGGCAUAUUUACAGUUGAAGACUUUCUGCGGCUUGUAGUCAGGGAUGCACAGAGAUUGCGAAAUAUUCUUGGAAGUGGAAUGUCAAAUAAAAUGUGGGAUGUCCUUAUAGAGCAUGCAAAAACUUGUGUACUAAGUGGGAAACUUUAUGUGUACUAUCCUGAUGAUGCAAGGAAUGUUGGUGUUGUUUUUAACAAUAUCUAUGAGCUGAGUGGGUUGAUUGCAAAUGGACAGUAUUACUCAGCUGAUUCUCUUUCUGAUAAUCAGAAGGUAUAUUAUUCCUUAUGUUCUCUUUCUUUCUUGACCAUUGUGUAUCUGAUAUUUUUUUAAUACUAUGUGGUGUUC